AUGAGUUUUGACAUACAGCCAGAUUACGCCACACCUACUGCUACCGUCUACCGAGAGUUCGCAAGGACUGUUUUGAAACAUGGCGAUAUGAGAAUACUCUCCGAUGCUGGUAAAAACAAUCAUAGCAUCGCUGGCUUGCCGUCUUCGGCACCAGAUUGGACAGCUUGGUCGUAUAAACCCUUUGUGAGCGUAUCCGUCUAUCGUGCUUGUGGCGCCCGCAAAAAGAUACAACUCGUGUCUUCGCCCACUAAUCCGAACACAGUUUAUAUCAUGGGCGGUAUAGUGGAUACUGUUCAAUUUGUGAGCAAAUCACCCCCGAGAGAGAAACGGUCGCCCUUGAAACGGGUUGUCAAUGCAGAAUUCCAGCGGAGAGCGCUAGUCGAGCGCUUGGACAUUUAUCCUACCGGAGAAGAUAUCUUCGAGGCUUACUGGAGAACUCUUCUCUAUGAUCGAGUCGAAGAUAGUAAUGGUCUUGCAGUCAAAGCACCCCCGGAGUAUGGUGGCUACUACCCUGAGGUGCUGCGAGCUAGUACAGGAAGAUCCCUUCGUAGCGCUUCCCACGGACUUACAACAGCACCUUUCAUAUACGACGUCGAGGCAGGCGAACAAUUUUGCGUCACACAAAACGGCUAUAUGGGCAAUGCGCCCCGUUCGACCCUUCCAGGGGACAAGAUCUGUGUUUUGUAUGGGGCACGAGUACCUUUCGUGUUACGGGAAGAGGGAGCAUCUUACCGCAUCAUUGGAGACUGCUACAUCCACGGACUCAUGGAUGGGGAAGCAUUUCAACUCAAGCACUGGAGGGAGGAGAUGAUCUAA